AUGCGAACACUAUUGACAGCUGUUCUCCUUUUUCUACCACAAUUAGUUCUUUCAUGUGUUGAUCUACUGCUCGUAUUGGAUCCGUCGUCUGAGCUCUCACGUCCUCGUGCAACAAAAGUAGCGAAUGAGUUGACGAAACGUAAUGGGCUGCGAUUUUCCAUUGCAACUCGCCGCCAUGGAAAUCGAUAUGUUCUCGUGAUGGCAAAGAAUUCAGCUGACCUUAUUUCACAGUUAGAUGCCGUGGAUGGUGAUUAUGAACGUUAUUUGAGUAUGGUGACAAGCGAAAUCGGAAGAAGAAAGCAUGGUCGUUACCUUGUUGUGCUGCUUUUUUCUGAAAGAGAAGUGAAGAGCACCUUGGUGGAAACAUGGAAGAAAUUGUCUGCCAACGGCAAAGCUCAUGUAUUUCGAGUUGGAAAUGCAAAAACCACGAAUGAACUACUCUCUGGAGAUCCUGAAGAAAAAUCAUUUGAAGGUCUGAUCGCCUGUAGCGGUGCUGAAGGGGACCCUUUGGAAAUCCGUAGAAGACCGGCGAUCACUUCGACUUUAACGUCAUCGCGACGUCCUCAAAUCCAAUUUUCAAAGACUACUCGGAGACCGACAACACCAAGACCGACAACAAUUCCUGGACCAAAACUUCGACCGGUUUUUCGUAGGAAAGAUAAGGAAUUAGGACAGUUUGGAACUGCACCUUCUAUCAAAUCCGCAGAAGCGUCCAGAAAUAUUAUCUCAAAGCCACUGUUUACAACCCCCAAAGCAAAGUCUUUUGCAAGGUCACUUAACGAAGCAGAUAUUGGUACUCAAUCAAAGAUAGCUGCAACCUCUUCAGUGCUGUCGCCUACAAGGACUCCUACGUCUUUCAGGACAUUUAAUCAAAGCUCUGAAGAAGACGAUAUUGCCGAAAAGUUAGCCACGAAUAAAGGAUUAUUAACCUCCGUGCAAAUAGUUACGAGAGCUACAACAACGACUCCUACGACGACAACACCUAGAGCACCUCCGGGCUGUAUAGCAGAUAUCAUAUUCCUUAUGGACUUUUCCGAUGGUACUGGAGAUAAAAGCAAACGAUACUUGGAUAUUGCAGCGGCCGCUGUGGGACAUCUACCGAUCGCAACAAAUGCUGUUCGGGUAUCGCUUAUAAGAUAUUCCGGACCUGGUCGAGCUGAAACGUUGUUCCACCUCGAUAAACACGCAAAGAAAGACGACCUUAUCGAGGAGCUAUUCCGUAUGGAACCCACAGGCGGAACCACUCGUACUGGUGAAGCAAUCCAAUAUGCAGUUAAGGAAUUCGAGAACAAAAAACAUGGCGCAAGGAAAAAUGCACGCAAAUUCGUUGUUGUUUUCACUGACGGAUACUCUCAGGAAGAUCCUUCCGCAGCCGCUGAAGCAGCGAGAGCAGAAGGUGUCGUAAUGAUUGCAGUAGCUGUAGACGACAAGUUGAAACCGAAUGAAGAGGAGCUCAUGGAAAUCACUAGGAGACGAGAUAUGGUGCUCAUUUCGCCAAAUGGUAAACAACUUCGGGAGAAAAUCCUUGGGAACCAAUGUCCAUUAUAA